AUGACUGAGCCAACUAGCGAGGAUGAUCCUGAGGCGUCGGCUGGCCUGCGAUGGAAGCUCGCUUGGCAUAUUAUCAGCCCCUUACUGGAAAACAUCGGCUUGCUUGAGUUUUGCGACAUGAAAGAUGCUCUCGAGAUCGCGGAAAAUAUCAAGAAAGCCCUGAGGCGAGGCAUCGAAGACGAAUGGCUCUCGGACAGGCCGCACCUUCUCCUCUAUGACCGUCGGUGCUACGAGCAUCUCCUAUUACCAUGGCUAUGCAAGUGGACUCUGAUUUGGUUACGAUCUAAUUCGGUCGCCCUUGAACUCACGGACAGCGCUUUGGUUGCCUUCCUUAAUGGUAACGAUGAUGAGGCGACGAGCCUGUGCCGAGCGCUGGGGGAUAGAGAUGUGAAGCUCCUGCUGUUGGCACGGCAGUGGCUGCAGACUAUUCUCCCCUUCCUACUAGGAAAGAGGUAUUUGAUUGAUUACGGUUUGCUUCCCUCAAGCUGGAUUACCCCAUCCACAUCUAAGUCACGGAGACUGUUGGCUGUACCCUACGUGGGUAAAGACAGACCUAGCGCGACCUCGGAGUUCUCCCAUCCCGAUGUGCUUAUUGGCUUCACUUUGCUGGCAUAUCGUUGCAAUGGGUUGAGGAUGGCGGACUUCAAAGUGUUGCUGACGGAUUCGCGAGAGGGCAUGCAGGCUGAUGUCGGAAUCCCCCACUGCAGACGAGCCGACUGUCUGCGAUGGGUCCAGUGGGCGCGUGAAGCUGGGGCCCGAGUCCGAGGUUUCACUUGGGAUGGCACACCGUUGAUCGACGUAGGGAAGGGAACGGAAAAGGACACUACUGGCACGGCUUGGCGCGAUUUUGACUCGAAUAUUGAUGGUAACGGUGAUGAUGACGAGAUGGAUUCUAUCAGGAACUCCCUGUGGCCGUUGGAGCUUGUUGAUCCUCGCGAUGACAAUCAGAUGGAGAUACUAUGGCGCCUCAUGCGUCGGACAUCGCCUUCGGCUACCAUCCACUAUCUAUCCAAUCUAGCCUUCCCAGAUGCUCUUUCACACACUCCCAGCGUCCUGGUUGCUAGUGGGCAAGAGCUUGGUUCGCCACUGUUGUUUCGACACCGACUGGGCUUCUCGGGCACGCCCAAUGACCUCUUGCCAACCCAUAUGGGAGAGUGCCAAUAUGAACGAGGCUGUGAUGGACAUAUCACGGCUACUCUUACGGACACUGGUAUCGUUAUUGGGGAUGGAGGUCGGCUGGCAACGCUUCCCCCUGAGUGGACAGUACAUGACCUGUUGAAGCAGGCUGCUUCUGUCGAGGGCGUCUAUGCGCUGAUAGACUGUGGUGCGCUGAUAACGGGAGUGAGCAACUUGCACAUUGCUCAGGAGCUUCUUCGUACCUUACCAGCGGCAGCCUUCGAUGCGGUCGUAUUCCUAGAUGACAGCUCUGACCAGCGAUUGGUACUAGAGCGGUCGAACAACGGUAAAGCCAUUCCACUAGCAUACUCGGGAUUGGACCCGAGACGGCGCUUUACCUUUUACGAUCACAUUCACACAACAGGCAUGGACAUAGCCCAGCCGGCUGGGAGCAUUGGGAUGAUCACAUUGGGGAAGGACACAACGUUCAGAGAUUAUGCGCAGUCAGCAUUCCGUAUGAGAGGGCUUGGAGGCACGCUAGGGCAGAAGUUGACACUUAUUACUACAGCGCAGGCCAUGGCGGAGACCAUUAUAACGGUGAUGUAUGUGUUAAACAACGUGACGAUGCAGUUGCAAUUGGAUGCAAGAAAAAACAGAUUGCUCACCGUGAGUGACCAUAGCAUGACAACUAUGAAGAGGGACUACUGCACUCGACUUGGCAUAUCAGACGUUGCCAUAACCUGCGCAGGGCCGGGAUGUAACCGCCUUGCCAUGAAUGAUCCAUUGAGAGAUACUCGCACCGUGAGUGGUGCCUUGAUAAUACUAACAAAGCGAGUAGUCGAGCAUCAAGAUGUCGACUGGAACGGAAUGGUGGUCGUAAGAGCUCGGCGUGAUGGAGGAGUGUGGAUUGAACCAGGGAGCAAGCUCCUACGGGCUGACGAUAAAGAUCUCUCCUUUGCAAAGUCAGUAGGCGCAGCCCUUCUAACAGUGGAAUGGAUCGUGGCAUCAGACGCCGUGUUGGGUCUCUUGGACGAUGCCCUCGACACAGGUCGACUACAGGAGCUCCUCCGUGCCUCAUUGGUGCGUGAGAAGAGGAUUCAGCCCAGCUCUGUCGAAGUGAUAUACACUGGAACGUUCAAGUCACCGAGAGCACUGAUCUUCUCGGUCGCACUCAUAGACGUUCUCACUACCUCUAUCGAAGCGGAAAAUGUCACGUUCCUCACGGAUGACCUAAUUCAAGGGUUCGGCAUCGAGGCUGGUCAGCUUACUGAGUCGAUGGUCGUUGUUAAAGAGGAAACACUAUGGUGGUCGAUGCCCGCUGCUGAUAACCGAAAAGGAACUAGUCUUCAUGGUGGAGGUGACGAUGAUGGGAUGUUCGCUCUGGCCAGCACCAAAUUCGGUAUUGCAUUGUGCGCAGUGUUGGUUGUUCUGGCAUGUGGUCUCACUGCUGCUCGUCUGCGUCCAUGGGAGGAUACCCCUGCUCAUGAGGAUGAAGAUGAUCGAGAGGAAAGUGAAGAAGAUGUCACUGUUGUUGUUAUUGAGGAGGAUAAUGAGGAAAUCAAGAGUAUCAAAGACCCUGAUGAUGUAACAUGCGCUUCACAACACUAA